CUUCAAAGUAUUCGAUCAUCCAAAAAAAAAAAAAAAAAAUCAGAAACGAAAAAGGAAGCGAAGAAAGAAAGAAAGAAAAUUCAAAAUCUUUCACAAACCCACCUAAACAAAGUGAUUGAGCCCUAGAGAGAUUACAUUCCUCUGCGAUUCUCUAUUCUCGUCCCUCACAAUCGCCCAAAUCCUUCUUCUUUCACAGCGAUUCGUGUACGGACGACUACGACGACGUCGUUUUCUUCGCAGAUCUGAGGUUAAGCUUUUCAACUACAUUCUUUGUGGUUAGAUGCUGUUUAUUGCUACUGAAGUUGGAUUUUUCAUAGUCAAAUUUCGUGACACAUGUUUGAUCGAAGAUGACAGUUCUGAUGGAUAAUUCUUUGGUUUCAUCGAGGGACCGCGUUCAACGUCUUUACAACAAGAAUGUUGAGUUGGAGAAUAGGCGUAGGAGAUUGGCCCAAGCAAGAGUUCCCUCAGAUCCCACUGCCUGGCAACAGAUGCGAGAGAACUAUGAAGCAAUUAUUCUUGAAGAUCAUGCUUUCUGUGAACAACAUGAUAUAGAGUAUGCUCUAUGGCAAUUGCAUUACAGGAGAAUCGAGGAGCUCCGUGCACAACUUAAUGCUGCUGUGGCUGCAAAUGUUUCGGCCACUUCCCAGGGUGCGAAAUCUUCUUUAAGACCUGAUCGAAUCACAAAAAUACGCUCUCAGUUUAAAACCUUUCUUUCUGAAGCAACUGGAUUUUAUCAUGAUCUGAUGUUGAAAAUCAGAGCAAAGUAUGGUUUACCCCUGAGUUCUUUUCCAGAUGAUCAAGAGAAUAAGAUGGUUAAGUCUAAAGGUGGAAAUAAAUCUGCUGAGAUGAAGAAAGGCUUGAUUUCUUGUCAUCGUUGUCUGAUUUAUCUGGGUGACCUAUCACGUUAUAAAGGUUUAUAUGGGGAAGCUGAUUCCAAAAGUAGAGAUUUUGCAGCCGCAUCAAGUUACUAUUUGCAAGCUUCUUCACUCUGGCCUUCAAGUGGCAACCCUCAUCAUCAGCUUUCAAUAUUGGCUUCCUAUUCCGGGGAUGAAUUGUUGUCAAUCUAUCGCUAUUUUCGGAGUCUGGCAGUUGAUAACCCCUUUUCAACUGCAAGAGAUAAUUUGAUUAUUGCAUUUGAGAAGAAUCGACAGAAUUUUUCCCAGCUGCUUGGAGAUGGCAAAGCUUCCACAAUCAAGACUGCACAUGUGAGAACGCCUGGGAAAGGAAGAGGAAAAGGUGGAGCAGUGCGCCUAUUGAAAGAUGAUAAAACAGAUGCAAGUUUUGUUAAGGAAAGUCAAUCCAGUAUACCUGAUACAUUUAAAGCUUUCAGCAUUCGGUUUGUCCGACUUAAUGGUGUACUCUUUACUCGCAUAAGCUUGGAAACAUUUGUAGAUGUUUUCUCUGUGGUUAUUAGUGAUUUUCUUGAGCUUCUUUCUUCUGGGCAAGAAGAUGUUUACAAUUUUGGUUCAAGUGCCGCAGAGAAUGGACUUAUGAUUGUUAGGCUUAUAAGCAUUCUCAUAUUCACAGUUUACAAUGUCAAUAGGGAAAGUGAGAAUCAAUCGUAUGCUGAAUUGUUACAACGUUCUGUUCUUCUUCAGAAUGCAUAUACUGCUACCUUUGAAUUUAUGGGACACAUACUUCAGAGAUGCAUGCAGUUGCAUGAUCCAACAGAAAGUUAUUUACUACCUGGAGUGCUGAUAUUUUUGGAGUGGCUAGCUUGUCAUCCAGAAAUUGCAGCUCGCAGUGAAGUUGAGGAGAAAGAAGCUACUGCUAGAUCAUCUUUCUGGAAUAAUUGCAUUUCAUUCUUGAACAAGCUCUUGUCAAGUGGAUUCAUGUCCAUUAAUGAGGACAAAGACGAAACAUGUUUUUUCAAUAUGAGUAGGUAUGAUGAAGGGGAAAUUGCUAAUCUGUUUGCAUUGUGGGAAGACUAUGAAUUGAGAGGGUUUCUCCCUCUUGUUCCUGCACAAAUGAUUCUUGAUUUUUCACGGAAGCAAGUUGGAAGUGAUGGUAGUGACAAGGAGAAAAAAGCUCGUUUUCAGAGGAUUAUAGCAGCCGGAAAGUCUCUUGUUAGUGUAGUUCGGGUUGGGCAAGAAUACAUGUAUUUUGAUCCAAGGUUGAAAAACUUUGCUAUUGGUGCUGAGCCUCAAAUAUCCGAUGAUUUUGGGCUUCCUAGUUCUUUGGAAAUGCCUGCAUCAAAUGGCUUGGAGCAAGAACCACGGGAGAAGAAAAUGAAUGUGGGAGUUUUUCCACCAAAGGCACAAUUAUAUGCAGAAGGAGAAGAAGAGGAUGAGGUUAUUGUUUUUCAACCAUUUGUGGCUUAUAAGCAUGCUAAUUUCAUUGAUCCAGAGUUGUCUUCUUAUGAUGCUCUUGUCCCUGGUGGUAAUGAUUCCCAGGGUGAUAUGGGAAGUUGUGAUGUUUCUGUUUCAGCUCCACUUGAAGGUAGAGUAUCAGGGAAUGCAUUAGAUUCAAAUUUAGGCCCAAAUGCUCUCAAUGCACAGUUAGGUCCUCCCACAUCACUUGCUACCAUUCUGCCCCAGCAUGUGCAAUCUUUCCAACCAAGUACAUCAAAGUGGCUGCUUGAACAGCAAGCUCGUCUGGCCAGUGGAUUAAACAAAUUGAACAGAACAGAGAAUGGGGUUGUUGUGAAACCAGGUUUGCGAGAACAUUUUGGAGUUUUGCAGCAUGCAGCACUGUCGCUUCCUUUUCCUCACUCUAUUAAUACAAGUUCUGGCAAUGAGUUUGCUCAGGGUUUUGAUGCUGGGAUACCGUCUAAGUUUGAUUCAAUUAUGUCUACUGGAGCCAGCUUUGAUAGUCUCUCUCUGAAUCCAUCAUCAACCUUGGCAGCAAGUUUAAGAAAGAAUCCAGUGAGUCGGCCACUAAGACACUUUGGUCCUCCUCCUGGAUUUAAGCCUGUUGCUCCAAAUUUCGAUGAUGAGUCCUUGUCUUACACUACUUUGAAGGAUGAGACCUCGCAGUUGGAUGAUUAUAGAUGGCUAGAUGGAUAUCAGAUGCCAUCGUCAGCUAAUUGCACCAGGUUUGACAAUUCCAUAAAUCAUACACCACAAUCAUAUCACCAAGCAAGUAAGGGCAAUAUGGGGAUGAUAAGUUUUCCAUUUCCUGGAAAACGAGUUCCAACAUCUCAAGUCCAAGUGGAAAACCAGAUGAACUGGCAGGAAUACCAGGCUCCUGAUCCUCUGAAAGCAUACCAGGGACUGCACCAGCAGAAAACUAAUAAAAUGAAUCAGGAUUUCAUUCCACUGCCGAAACAGUAUCAAGGACAAUCUAUCUGGGAUGAUCGGUUCUUUGUGUGAGAUCAUUAUGUGUGAAUCUAUUAUGGUGAACAAUCCUGAGGACUGGCACAACCAAGUACAGCCUCAGUUCUUUGCAGUCCUGCCAAUGGUAUUAAGUUUUAGUUGGAGAGCAUGGAUGAUCUUGGAGUGUUGCAGGUGCCUGCUUUUUAACAGCUUAUGUUGAGCUCUCCAGACUGGCUGAUGGUGAGAAAAGGAGAGUAGGUUGAGAAAUGGGAAAUUUACUGAAAAUAAAUGCUUUCCUGGUUGGAUGGGUUGGUCGUAUAACGUGUACCUUGCAUUUCCAUGGGGUUGGGCAAACGUCUGGAGUUGAGUUGAAAGAAAGUAGCUAUUCUACGUACUGUCCAAGGAAGAGUUGUUUCAGAAGGGUGUGCUACUAGUCAAUGCCAUAGUUCCUGUAGCAGGCAACUGAUCUGUAAAAGUUAAAUAGGCAGUUUGCUUGAGCUGCGUAAAAGUUUCCAGCUAGUAAAUUUAAGGUUUGUGGUUAGAGGGUCUUGGUAUUAUGUUGGUGGAUUUGGGAUUUUAGGUGAUAAAUAAGUAUUCUAUGCAAGUAGAGACGCCUCUGGUGUUUUGAACCAUUAUGGUUAUUUUCAUCCUGUCUGUCUGUCUGCCGUCAUGUUUCUUUGUGUAUGCUUGACAUUGAUUUUGAUGUUGCAACUAUUGCUUGAACUGCUAAAAAGCUUCAAGCUAUCAAAUUUAAGGUUUGUAGAAAAAAGGAUCUUGGUAUUAUGUUGGUGUAUUGGGAUGUUAGGUGAUAAAUAAGUAUCCUAUGCAAAUAGAAACGUAUUUGGUGUUUUUAACCAUUAUGGUUACUGCCAUUCUGUCUUA